GGUACUUUCACUUCCGGGUUAUGUGUGGGAAAUUAUAAAAGUUGUGAACAGAUUGUAUUUCUCCCUUUAGUACCAUAUUGUACAUAUCAACAUGCAUUGUAAAAUAGUUGUUGCCUUUUUGGCUAUUUUAUCUGUAGCAUUUGCUCAAGAAGAGGGGGAAAAAGUAUUUGCCAAAGAUGAUGGUUCACCAGAUGAUGAAGCAAGAGGUCUCGUUAUCGACCCCACAUUUGUGCCCGAUGAAUGUGAAAGGAAGUCCAAGAAAGGUGACAUGCUGAAAAUGCACUACACAGGAUCUCUAGCUGUUGAUGGAAGCGUCUUCGAUUCAAGUGUCGACCGUAAAGAGCCAUUUGAUUUCCAAAUCGGGGCAGGCCAGGUGAUUCAAGGCUGGGAACUUGGACUGUUAGAUAUGUGCAUUGGCGAGAAACGAACCCUUACUAUCCCAGCUAGCCUUGGUUAUGGAGAGGCCGGAGCAGGUGAGAAGAUUCCACCAGGUUCCACCCUAAAGUUUGAUGUUGAACUAAUGGGCAUAGAAGAUGGACCUAAACAGAAGAAUGUUUUCAAAGAAAUAGAUGUCGAUGGCGACAAUAAGCUCUCCAAAGAGGAGAUCAGUCGCUAUGUGGAGGAAGACGUUUAUCCACAGAUGAACCCAGAUGAAUACAAAUUAGAAGACGUCCUCGAAAUGGUUCAAGAGCGCGUAAAGGAUGAUGACGAAGACAAAGAUGGAUAUAUAUCAUUUGAUGAAUUCAGUGGACCAAAACAUGAUGAAUUAUAAUGUGUUUGAUAUUAGGAUAUAUACAGUUCAGCAUUGGUUUACAGCAAAAGACCUGGUAUCCAGUUUUUGUGUAUUCAAUGAUGGUGCUAAACUUGCAAAUGAUUGUAAUUGUGAGACAUUGGUCCAUACUCUGGCAUGUUUAGUAAGGAAGAAUAAGGACUUCUACUAUAAUUUGCUAAUAUUUGAAAUUCUGCCAUGGGGGUUCACAGUUUAGUUUUGCUGUGGUCACAUUUGCUCCAAUUUUCAAUAUCAGCAACCAGCGGAUGAGUGUUUUGUUCAAAAUUGCAUUCAGUUUUGAACAAAAUACUCAUUAG